AUGGCGGUCGCCAUGACGAGCUUUUUGCAGGGCGCCAUCACCGUCAUGAGCUCGUUUGCAGCACGUGAUUUGCACAUGACCAAUGCCGAGACGACAUGGAUGAAUGCCUCAACAUCUCUCACUGCAGGAGCACUGCUGCUUUUCUUCGGCAGCGUGGCUGAUCUGUUUGGCCGAAAAUCCAUGUUCAUCGGCUCCAUGUUUCUCUUUGCCGUCUUCAGCCUGGGAGCCGGUUUCUCGAAAAAUGGCAUCACGCUCGACAUUCUGUGUGGUGUUCUAGGCAUCUUUUCGGCCUCCGCUGUGCCGCCCGCUCAAGGUAUGCUGGGCGUCAUCUACGAGAAGCCCAGCAAGCGGAAGAACAGGGUGUUUGGUUGCUUCAGUGCGGGAAACCCCAUGGGUUUUGUGUUCGGAACCAUUCUCUCGGGUCUCUUUACUCAGGUCUUUAGCUGGAGAGCUGCCUUCUACCUGCUGGCGAUCGUGUACCUGGUUACGAGCAUUGUGGCCAUCUUCACGGUCCCCAGAGACACGACGCCAAAGCAAUCGCUGAAUGCAGAGACCAUCAAGAAGCUCGACUUGCCGGGCACUGCGCUGACCAUCUUUGGCAUCGGCAUGUUCUGUGCUGCACUAAGUCUCGGUGGCACCGCACGAGAGGGCUGGAAGACGCCCUAUGUUCUCGUUCUACUGAUCCUAGGCGCCCUUCUCAUCAUUGCAUUUGUCGUCUGGGAAUUCAAGUAUCCAUACUCGAUGAUCGACAUGAAGAUCUGGUAUGACCGCGACUUUUCUCUCCUCAUCGCCAUCCUCAGCUUCAGCUGUCUCGCCUUCCCGGUCUUGUACUUCUGGAUCGCACUGUAUUUCCAGACACAGCUCGGCUACAGCGCGCUGAUGACGGGCGUGCACCUCCUCCCCAUGGUCGUCAUGGGCGUCACCACCAACGCCAUUGUAGCCCUGAUCCAGCACAAAGUCUCCAACAAGCUGAUUGUCGGUGUCGGCACAAUCACACUAACAGCAGCCUGUGUCCUUGCCGCCGUACAGCGAAAAGGCGAUUCCUACUGGGCGUUUUCGUUCCCGGCGUUUUGCCUGUGUGUCGUGGGCAUCGAUACCCAGUAUAUCGUUGCGAAUAUGUACGUCAUCUCGUCGAUGCCACGCAACAAGCAAUCCAUGGCGGGCUCACUCCUGCAAACCGUUUCGCGCCUCUGCACCGCAAUCACAUUUGGCAUCGCAACCGCCAUCUUCGACGCCGUGCAAAAGAGCCCCGCGAAAUCCGGUUACUACGCUAACAACGCCGUGGAGCCCUACGCCGCCGUCUUCUGGUGUGCAGCUGCAGUCGCGUUCCCGGGUAUCUUUCUUGUUCCCUUUUUGCGUAUCCAGACGCAGGGCCACGCCGGCGACACGGGGCGCGUCAACGCGCAGGAGACGGAUGAAGAGCGGGCGGAGAGCGUCGAGGAGGGCAGUGUGGAUGCGGAGAAGAGCGUGCGGUAUGUGCUUGGCAGUGAUGGGAGCGAGAAAAAUGGCGUGUCGGCGUGA